AAUUCCCAAAAGCUCCAGCCAAACGACACCUGCCUCAUGGCAGCACUGCGCCCCGAUACCGAGGACCCUAGAGACGACACGGGUGCCCCCUGGGCGCUGCCAAACUGGGAGGAGUACAGCGAAGUGGCUAGCAGUAGCUCCGCAGGCGACUGGAGCGACGUGGAGGCUGAUGUGAGCUUGGACACGGCUAGCAGUGUGGCCAGCACCGAGCACCAGCGUGUAUACCGUAUACAACGCUCUCGGGGAGGGUUCCAGGAGGAAAAACAACGUGAUCUGAGUGAACUCCACACGCUGUAUACGCGGCGUAGACUAGAGGAAAGCUUUCAGGGUCUCUCGAGUGUCCGCAGCAGCGCCAAUUGGUUCCAACCGGCACCUUGCGUGUCUCCCCGAGUGCCAGAGGAGAAGCCGCUAUCCCCAGUAGCUAAACAGAAAGAGAAGCAAGUGGAAAACGAACUGUUGGCUCAGCAGAGCGAGAUCAGCGCGGAGCUUCAGGCAGUAAGACGGCAAUUGAAUGACUUCCAGGACAAGUGGAAGAAAAGCGUGGAAGCUAAAGCAGGAGAGAGCUCGGAAGCAUCGACCGUGCAGAGUUCGUGGCCCUCUCCUAUUUCUAACACGCAGUGA